CGCGCCGCCCUCCCGCCCCUCGCGGCUCGGCCGCGACCUCGGGAGCGGCCCUGGAGGGGCCCGCAGACGGCGCCGUGCAUGGCCGACUGCUUAGGGCAGCAAUGAAAGCCGACAGUCCGAAAUGUUGAUCUCAUGAAUUCCAAAAUGAAACAAAAACUGACCGCAGAACAGUCCUCAGGAUCUUUGCAGAAGUACCUCACAGAUACCACAUGCAGUGCUGCCCAAAGACCAACUCUUAAAAUGAUUCAGCCUUCAGCAUCUGGCAACCUGGUUGGCAGGCCUAAUGAGAAGAAAUCUUCAGUCAAAAGGAAACUCUGUAAUAACAAAUUUGCCUCAAAGGCUUGUAAAGCUGAGGUGUUUGUGGACAAGGAACAAGAGAAUGAGAAUGAUGUCGUUCAAGCUGAAGAUCUCAUGAUGAAAGGAGAUCCUUCAUCUCAAUAUUGGAAAGAAGUGGCUGAAGAAAGGAGGAAGGCUCUGUUUGAAGUGCUUCAAGAAAAUGAAAAGUUGCACAAAGAAAUUGAGCAGAAGGAUGGUGAAAUUGCCCGCCUAAAAGAAGAAAAUGAAGAGCUCAUGACCCUUGCUGAGCAUGUCCAUUAUAUGACCGGUGUGAUUGAGAGGCUAACUGGGCAAGCACCUGACAGUCUUGAGACGCUGGAGAGUCUGGCUCUAGAGGAAUCCAGACAGGAGAAUGAAGAGCAUAACUGUGGAGAUGAGGCAGACAGCCCUUCUGAAGAAGAGCCAUCUCAAGUAUUGUCUGGCUUAAGAGAGAAUAGAUCAGAUCUUCCUUCAAAGGAAGUAAGCCAUGUGCAACUGGAAUGACAACCUUUAAAAAGGGCUUAUGUAUGUGGCUUUUAAUUGCAGAUUUCCUUUUGAAAGGGUAUACUAAACCUCAGGUAUAGAAACUCCUGUGGGAGCAUUGCAGAUGCUGGUAUUUUUAACUGGAAUUAUGUAGCAGUGGGAGAAGCAUCUGAAUAAUGCAUGGAAAGUUUACUACAGGCUGCAUGUAGUUAUUUGUAUGAAACACAAAUACUGUGUAUUUCAACUGUUGUGUAAAUAUCUUUCUUAUCAGUUGGUCUGACAUGAUGCAUGAAAAUUGAUAAAUAAAUCUUUGCAUUACCAAAAUAGUGUUUUAAUU